AUGGUACUCCGUGGGAAAAAUGCAGUGCUAGUGGUCAUUGGUGAUAUUGGUCGAAGUCCACGAAUGUGUUAUCAUGCUAAGUCAUUGGCGGACAAAAAUUAUCGAGUGCAAAUAGUGGGCUAUACAGAUUCGGCAAUACAUCAGUCCAUACAAGAGCACCCAUAUAUUAGUAUUACAUCACUAAAAUGUCCGCCAGAAUACAUCUGUAAAUUGCGGCCUAUCUUUGCUUUGGUACUGAAAUUUUUGUGGACUUUAAUUGUUCUAUUGUUGACGCUGUUCUUCCGAACAGAUUGGCCUCUGUUGAUUAUGGUGCAGAAUCCUCCUGGAUUACCAUCUCUUUUUGCUUGCUGGCUGUGUGCUCGUGUUAGAAGAGCACAGUUUAUCAUUGAUUGGCAUAAUUAUACCUAUUCAGUAUUACGCAAAAAAUAUAAUAUCGAUGAAAUACGCAUUGGUCGUGCGGCUGAUCGACGAAUGCAGAAUUCUUCAAAUUGUUCUGACGAUCAUGGCUUGGCGGUAAAUGAUGUCUCCGACAUGCGUGGAAAAAGAAUGACACGAGUAGAACGAGCUGUUCAGGCUGCGGCAGCUACAGCAAAUAAGAAGAAACGCCAAGCUGAUCGAAAGAAAAGAUGUUCAAUCAUGCAAAGAUAUGUUGAGCAGAUAUAUUAUUGGGAAGGUUACUUUGGUCGUCGUGCUGAUUUGAACGUCUGUGUAAGUCAUGCUAUGCGGCAAGAUAUGUUCGAUGCAUGGGGGAUAAAUGCAGCUACAGUAUAUGAUCGGCCUCCAUCCUGGAGCUUUCGGAAAUUGACUGAUGAAGAUCGACAUAAAUUUCUUUUGAAAUUAAUCGAUUACGAUGAAGAAUUCGAAAUUUUUAAACUUGUUAACAAUCCGGGCUUGCAUCGAGAUUGCGUUUUCGUAGAAGAAACGCUACUUUCUUAUCGUGAUAGUGAAGAUAAAGUCCAUCUUCGAAAUGACCGUCCUUUACUUCUUGUUUCGUCUACAAGUUGGACAGAAGAUGAAGAUUUUGGAGUCCUACUUGAUGCGCUUCGUGAAUUUGAUAAUAUUGCUAAACUUUCUUCAAAAGCGAAUCCAGCAACUCGUCUUCCAUUCAUAACAUGCAUAAUUACUGGACGCGGACCUUUACGAUCAUAUUAUUUGGGUCGCAUUGAGCAUAUGCAAAUGCAAAAUGUUGAAAUAUUAACACCGUGGUUAAAACCAGAAGAUUAUCCACUCUUGCUUGGUUGUGCCGAUAUCGGAGUCUCUCUGCAUACUUCCACAUCAGGUCUGGAUCUACCAAUGAAAGUAGUGGAUAUGCUUGGGUGUGGUUUACCUGUCAUUGCCAAACGAUUUGGUUGCAUCGGUGAGCUUAUUUCAGAUGGUCAUAAUGGGCGACUAUUCGAUACUUCUCAUGAACUUUCACAUAUCAUUAAAUCAUUGACAUGUGGUUUUCCUCUUCAUUGCAGUGUUGUUAUCAAAUUUUACAUAUUACAGCAAUUAAAUGCACUAAUAUCAAAUGUUCAUUCCGAUCCUUUAAUAUCGUGGAACAAAAAUUGGGAUGCGUGCAUGUGGCCAUUGGUGCGAAGUUAUGGAGCUUUGUCAAUUGAGGAUCUGUCACGACGUCAAAGAUUCGCUGUGAUCUCACUUCAAAAUGGGGUAGAAACUGUUGAAAUGCAUGACAUAUCGAAACCGAAGCAACAAGAUAAUGGUGAGCAUAAAAAUACCAGGUUUGAAGAUGGAACUGCAGAAUUGGGACUGGAAAUUAGAAAUAAUGAAGCAGUAGAUGAUUGUGAUAGUGAUUGUUUAUGA